AUUGGUAACUACUAAGGCAUUCACGAAUUCUGAUAGGUAAGCCGUACUCGCCCGGGGUAAAUGCAAGUUGCUAUCGUGCCGGAAGGAUGAGAUGCCUGUAAAUCUUCCGGCAUCCUGGCAUUGCGGAUGAACUAUAUAAACAUGUAUUGUUGUCAACUUCACAGACGAUCUGGUGAUCUAGCACUUGUCACUUGUCGAAGCCCCCAAAAUUCCAGCAGGACAUUCAAUGGCGGAACCCAAUCAACCGCUCAAAGUCACUGUAGUAGGCGCAGGUAUAGGCGGUCUUUCGGCGGCGAUAGCCUUACGCAACACUGGCCAUGCUGUCACAGUGUACGAAAAAUACGCUUCGGCCUUCACAAGUACGACCUUGCCACUGUCAAAUGCCAUCUCAACGGGUGCCAACAUCCUCCGUAUCAUCGACAGAUGGGGAUUUGAUUUUGCGAAAGCCAGGGCGGGCGUCAACUUGCAGGAAAGGAUCUUCCAUGGCGAGACCAUGGAACAGAUGCACCACAUCGACUUCAAGUACAACCGCGAAGAAUUCGGUUACGACUGGUUGAUGAUGCGCAGGCAGGCGCUGCAUGAAGGCUUGCUGGAAAUCGCAACAAAUACCUCACACGACCAGGUGCCAAUUUCCGUCCGGUUGGGUCAAGAAGCAAUCGCACUUGACUGUGAGCAUGGAAGGCUGACGUUCAAAGAUGGAGAAGAGGUUGUUAGUGACCUGGUAGUCAUAGCAGACGGAGUGCACAGCAAGCUCGUUGACGCUAUCACCGACAACACAACUCCUCCCCUACAGGCUGGUCGUACGGCGUAUCGCUUCAUGGUACCGCGCGAGAAGAUCAUGGCUGAUCCGGACUUACGAGCUGUGUAUGAGAACGAGGAAGAGGGAUUCUCGUACUACCAGAUUCCCGAGAAGAGGAUCUAUUUCCUUGUCGCACAGUCUGAUGAGGGCGAAUCGUUCUAUUGUCUACUUCUACAUCCGGCCGUAGAGACGAACAUGGAUGCGAUCGGAAAAUGGAGUGUGGCAGGGUCGAGAGCCGAAUUGGAGCUGCUGACCGAAGGCUUCCAUCCGGUUGUCAAGAAGCUGUGCGAGCUGGCAGCAACUCCGCUGCUCUGGACAAUUUGCUGUCGUGAGCCAUUAGUAUCGUGUGUCAAAGGUAAAACAGUCGCGAUUGGAGAUGCCUGUCAUCCACAUCUGCCUCAUCAUGGACAAGGAGCUGCAGCAGCAGCAGAAGAUGCAGCAUCUCUCGGAGUGUUUCUCUCUGGAGCCCAAAGACCUAUUACACCGUAUGCUGUUCCGACAGUCUUGCAACAAUGGGAAUCUUUCAGGAUGCCGCGAGUAAGGGCAAUCCAACUCAUGACGAUUGCUUUCCCUAUGCCGAUCGAAGAGCUGGAGCCCAGAAUACGUGCAUCGGGCUACAACGGCGCAUUGCCUGCGAACGUCGAUGGGCACGAGAAGACAAUAACGCGUUGGUUCUAUGAGUAUAAUGUGGUAGCAGAGGCAAGUGCGUAUGAUGAAAGAUUGCGCGUUUAGGAAAGGGGACCAACGAAACGCAGACCAAAACACGCUCGAAAAGCGUGUCUUUGCUGACGACGGAACAAUUGACAAGAACGACAACAAAUGUAGGGUUCGCUGUGAAUUGAACGAAAAGCAAGUAUCAAUCAACAUAGCAGCCAAUAAGUGAUGUUCGGGGAUGACCUCGCCGAGCCGUCUGCCCAGGCUGUGGUUAAGCCACAAGAUAAGAAGCUAUCACUGGCAGUAUCUUGAUUACGCGACGUCGUUGCGUGGAGACUUCACACGUGUAGAAUAGUGG